AUGGAAACCCAUCUACAACAGGUGAAGAACAGUUCUCAAACCUUUUCUGAAAAGCAAAACCCUAAAGAAGCUUCACCAAUAUCAUCUCCUUCUCCUUCUUCUUCUCCUUCUCAUGACUUCUCCUUCACCAUCUCUCUCCAGCCUCUCUCUUCUUCCUCAAAACACAUCAGCCCUACUCUAAGAAACCCCUCCAAAACGACAUCGUCUUAUCAACAAACCGAUCCAUUCGCCGUCGACUUAUCCCCUGCCGAUGAGAUCUUCUUCCACGGCCAUCUUCUCCCUCUCCAUCUCCUCUCUCACCUCCCUGUCUCUCCACGAACAUCCACAGGUUCGUAUAAUGACGGAUUUGCCCUCCCUGUCAGAGAUAUAUUACCUGACGAGCCCACUACUCUCACCACCACAAACAACGUUAUCAGCAUGGAGGCAAAGGACAACAACGCCGGCGAUAAAGCAGAGGGAUCCGAAAGUGACAAUCGGGUGAAAACCAAAUCCGUUAAGUCAUUUUCUCUCUUUGGUUUAUCGAAAUGGAGAAAAGGGUUCGAAAGCAACGAGCGUGAACAACAACAACAGCAGCAGCAGAAGAAGAAACUUAUGAGCUUAGACCUAAGUCACGCGGUCAAGAAGUACAUAAGGAUGUUGUUUCAGAGGAGAGAAAACGGCACGCAGUUCAGGAACAGAAGACAUACUUCAUCUUAUUCUUUCUCAUCCUCUAUAAUGGGUUCCAAAGGAAACAGCAAGGCAAUGACUAAUGGCUCGAGAGAUCUGAUUCGAGGGAGGAGAGGUGAGUUGUUCUCAGCUCCGGCGUCAAUGAGAACAUCUCCGACGAACAGUGGCCACCUUCGUGUGUCCACGGCGGGACUGUCGUCAAGCUCGGCUUCCACGUCAUCAUCGUCGAGUGAUAGCACCAUGGAAGAGUUGCAAGCUGCGAUACAAGCGGCCAUCGCUCAUUGCAAGAACUCAAGCGCCGUUGAUCGUGAUGAUAAGGUUAUGGAUUCUUGA